GCGCGCUGUUGACGCUGCGAGGAUGUGGGCAGGAAGUGCCAUGCAGAGCCAGCAGAAGCCUUCACGCUUCUCGGCGCACUUCUUGCACAAUCGUGUCGGCGCCACCAACAAUGUCCCUCGGUUGACGCCGCCAGCCUCCAGGGAGCGGACACUCUCCCCCCCGGCGUGUGAGCCCCGAACGCUCGGUGUCGGUUCUCCAAAUCCCGACGAGGACGCCGCUUUCCGGGCCUGCUCGCUGUGAAGACGUCGUCAAAGGAGGCUCCGGACAAAAAAAAGGAUACAUUCUCUUUUUUCCCCCUCGGCCAUGAGGGAGUACAAAGUGGUUGUUCUCGGCUCGGGUGGGGUCGGGAAAUCCGCCCUGACCGUGCAGUUCGUGACGGGCUCCUUCAUCGAGAAGUACGACCCCACCAUCGAGGACUUCUACCGGAAGGAGAUCGAGGUGGACUCGUCGCCGUCCGUCCUGGAGAUCCUGGACACGGCCGGGACGGAACAGUUCGCCUCCAUGCGGGAUCUGUACAUCAAAAACGGACAAGGCUUCAUCCUGGUCUACAGUCUGGUCAACCAGCAGAGCUUCCAGGACAUCAAGCCCAUGCGGGACCAGAUCAUCCGGGUGAAGAGGUACGAGAGGGUGCCCAUGAUCCUGGUGGGCAACAAGGUGGACCUGGAGGCCGAGCGAGAGGUGUCGUCCGGGGAAGGCAAGGCUCUGGCCCAGGACUGGACCUGCCCUUUCAUGGAGACCUCAGCCAAGAAUAAAAUCUCUGUGGAUGAACUCUUUGCAGAAAUAGUCCGACAGAUGAACUAUUCCACGGUUCCUGCCGGACGUGACAAGUGUUGCUCGUGUGUUCUGCUCUAAACAAUCACUAUUUUUUUUUUCUUUUCUUGAAACGGAACAAAAAAAAAAACAAUCUUUAUUUCACACCUGUUGUCUUAUGGUUUCGCACAAAUCAAACGGACAACAAUCUGAUGUAGGGCCGGGCGAUAUGAACGAAAAAGUAUAUCUCGAUGUAUUUUUACUUAAAUUCGAUAUCUUUUUGGGUGAAAGUAUACAUAUAAAGAUAUUCAUUUUUUGAGCGAUAUUCAGUGAAUGACAACUGUACUGUAAACACUUUUAUUAACCCAGUUUGUCAAGAUAGGUAUUAACAACACAGAAUUACAUGAUGUAAA